AGUUCAUUUUUAGGCUUUAUCCGUCGCGCCUCUGACUUUCCGUUCCCAAAUGUGUCUAUUUAACACGCAUUACCUCAUUUGCGCUUCUGUCUUCUCACCGCAUUUUUUGUGCUCUCCUUCGUCCAACGAUUUCGUGUCUCGCAUUGCAUCACCUGCACUGGUGCAGAAUGCGCGUGUCUUUCCCAGCCGGAUUCAAAUCUGCUCGCUACUGCGAACUACCUCUGAACUGCUGAAAAUUUCAACACUCCUCUGCUCAUUAGACGCCCGGCUUGAGUUUGCGCGCAGUGUUUAUCGCGCUUUGCUUCUGUCCGUGGUGCUGAAAUGCACUCGUCCUCUAAGUAGGCUACUUGGGUUUUACACUAACCAUCUUAACGUGUUAUCUGUUCUUUCAGAAUAGCUUUUUGAAAUAAUUUGAUAAAUAAUUCAAAGCAACCAUCGAUGCGUCUCGCUUCUUCACGAAAUACAAGGAUUCGAAAAAAAUUAAAUAAUUAAAUUUGCCAUCCGAGAGUAUAUUUAGACUGUAUCGAUUUUUAUCGAAGGAGCGAGGAGGUAAAGAAGAAGGAAAAAAAAAAAAACAUUUUGGAGGCAGAGUCUCUGUCUCCACACAGAACCUCCAUAAUAUAUAUAUAUAUUUCUUUUUUAACUUCUAAAAGUCCUCAAGGAAAGUUUUCAAGAGAGGGGAUGAAUAUUUCUCAUUUCCUAUUCUGCUUUGGAUUUUCCUCCUGGAUAGAUCGCUGUUAAAUCUCACUUCUACAAGUACCAUUCACCACGUAGAACUUGGUUGAAUACAGAUGAUAAUUUGAAGAGAGGCUUCACAGAAGCAGUAGAGUGGAGAUGGAAGCGUCCACCACCGGCUCCAGUUUUGGAAUCGACUCCCUGCUAUCCCACAGGCCCGGAAGCCCAGUCCUUGCAAAGGGGGACAGUUUGGUGGGGGAAUGCCGUUCCUCACUGGAGUUCAGCCCCAGGUCAGACUUAGAGAGCGGUUGUUCUUCUCCUCCGUCCCCGAGGCGAGAGUGCGGUGAGGAUGCGGCGCAGAGACAGGGUCACCCCCUCGGGCUUGCGUCCCAUUUGCAGCACGGACCGAUCUCCGUUGGAUCGCAACCUCGGACUGUCACUUCAUCCUUCUUAAUAAGAGAUAUUCUGGCUGACUGUAAACCUUUAGCAGCUUGUGCACCUUACUCCAGUAACGGCCAGCCGACACAGGAGACAGGGAGGUUGGCAUCCAAAAUCGCAGAAGACUACAUUGAAAAGAUCCACAGUAACUCAUCUUCAGACAGUGAAUACAAAGUAAAAGAGGAGGGCGACAGGGAGAUCUCGAGCAGCAGAGACAGCCCGCAUGUCCGUCUGAAGAAGCCACGGAAAGCGCGGACAGCUUUCACUGACCAUCAGCUCGCUCAGCUGGAGCGCAGUUUUGAGCGUCAGAAGUACCUGAGUGUGCAGGACAGGAUGGAACUAGCAGCAUCGCUCAACCUGACCGACACGCAGGUCAAAACCUGGUACCAGAACAGGAGGACAAAGUGGAAGAGGCAAACGGCAGUCGGACUUGAAUUGUUGGCGGAAGCUGGGAAUUAUUCUGCCCUGCAAAGGAUGUUCCCCUCGCCGUAUUUCUACCCUCAAAGCCUGAUGUCGAAUCUGGACCCUGGAGCAGCGCUCUUCUUAUACAGGGGACCUUCGGCGCCCCCGCCGGCGCUACAGCGUCCUCUCGUUCCCCGGAUUCUCCUGCACGGUCUACAGGGCGCCAACGAGCCGCCGCCGCCGCCUCUGCCCCCCCUCUCCGGUGUGCUACCCAGACCGACACCACCACGAUGAACGGCAUGUUUCGGACUCAUUUCAAUACAUGGCAGCUUUGAACUUCACCAUCAAAAACGAUUUUACUGGUGACGAAGUAUUCGAGAUAUAUUACUAAGCCACAAAAACAAAACCUGAUACACGAAAAGUGAUUAGAGACAUUUUACAAAUGAUGAGGACAACUUAUUUCAUUAUUUAUUUAUAUGGUUUUUAACUUAUAUGUUUAUAUUCGUUUACUUUAAUUGUUAAAUCUGGAGAACACAUAUACAGACCGUUAUAUAGCUACAGAUUGCAAUAAUAACGGGAUAACUACAUGGUUCACAAAAUUAUUAUUAUUAUUAUUAUUAAUAUUAUUAAAUUAAAAAUUUUCGAACUAGGCAAGAUAAUAAAUGUGAAUUGUUGAUCCCUGACGCACAUAAUAUUUAAAUGGAAGAUUCAUAUUAAAACUAUCCUGAGAUCAAAUCCAGGUCAUAAGUAAAUCGUGGGCUUUCUAAAUGUACAAAGAAAAAUAGGUGUAAAUAAGAAUAUUUUGUUUUAUGUUCAAAGACAAAUCUUGAAUUUUCUCUCUUUUUGCAUCAUAUUUCCAAGCCUCAUGUUAACAAGUGAUAUUGAUGUGAGCAGCACAUUUAAAAUCAAAUGACUCUACAAAAAUGAAAAGAAAAGAAGUACUAUGUCACUUUUACAUUUGAUAAACAGUUGUAAGUAACAAAGCUAAAUGGGUUGGAGUGCUAUCGAAACAGAACAAGCAGUUAACUAGUGGUAUGAUCGACGAGAUGGAUUAUUAAUCGAUUAUUAAUCGAUUAUUUUUGUGCUGCUUUUUCAUUUUCUGUAUUCCUACACAACUGCCAGCAAAAUUACUUGUGUGUGAUGAGUGUAUGAAGGGGCGUGGUGGACACCCAAAAAAUACAUAUUCAUUUUGAUGUUGAUGGAAAAAUCCAAGUUCUCCUUUCAGGUCACUUGUGAUCUAUAAGAUGUGAAUGAAAUUACAGGCUCUUCCUCGUCCAUUACCAGCCUUGGUAUCCUGCCUACACAAACCCCAUGUAACCGCAAGUGUUAGAUCGGGCAUUGUGCAUCUCUGUAUAUAAAGCCGUUGAAAUAUCUUGUCAUUCUUUCUGGUGAAGCUGUAUAUUGAAAAUAAUGAUGUGUGAAGUAAUGAUUCUCGUAUUUCUAAAUGAUUUUCGUUCGUGCCCCCGUGUGCUUAGCGGUGUAAACUUCUUGAAAACUCUUAAAACUGCUGGAUGUGCGGGGGAGGGUGGUCUUUAAGCAAGGAGGAUUACUUUUAUAAAUGUGCUAAUAAAGAUCUUUCAUUAAUUUA